UGCGCGGGCAGCAGCGUUUGGUUUCCCUGGCAGCGGGAGGAGGAGGCGGAGCUUCUCUGAUGGUUACUCGCAGUGCCACAUAGCCACACAACACAGUCAUCUGCGCUAACGGCGAUAGCUGCUUAAACAGGGGCCCGUGGCCAUGGCUAAAGACCCAUUAGCCGAGGCAGGCUUUUAUUUUGAUGAGCUCAACAAGCUUCGGGUGCUGGAGCCUGAUGUCAGCCAGAAGACCUCUGAGCUCAAGGAAGAGUGUAAAGAGUUUGUGGACAAAAUUGGACAGUUUCAGAAAAUAGUGGGAGGUCUGAUUGAGCUGGUGGAUGAAUUGGCAAAAGAAGCAGAGACAGAAAAGAUGAAGGCUAUCGGAGCCAGAAACCUGUUGAAGUCGGUUGCAAAGCAAAGAGAGGCUCAGCAGCAGCAGCUUCAGGCUCUCAUAGCAGAGAAGAAGAUGCAGCUUGAGAGAUAUCGUAUCGAGUAUGAAGCCCUGUCCAAGGUGGAAUCAGAGCAGAACGAGUUCAUCGACCAGUUUAUUCUGCAGAAGUGAGGAUUGACACCAGAAAGUGUCCGACGUCUGCGUCCACGUUUCCAGAGUGCCUGUCCUUCAGAGAAUUGCAACUGCAACUCUUUUUCUGAAGCAAUCCCAAAGCUCCAUCAUCCUGAAACAUCUACACCUCCUCUUUACACCUCCGACACGCGUGUGUGAAACAACAGCCAGCUGCGUCGUGUAGUUGUUCCACCCUGGUCAGUGGGUGUGUUGUAGGCUUGAAUAUGUUUGGAACGUGAAGUUCUGUUCACACCAAAUGUCUCAACAUCUCAGACAAACAUUAAAGAAGAUGGAGCUAUUUAUACAAAGGAAUAUUAUUUAUACUAUUUAUAAUGAAGAAUUACUCUGUAUAUCUAGUUUAUUACUUUUGUAUCAAUUGAAAUACUGCAUGUGCAUGCCUCUGUAAAUACAUUUCAGUGUGACAAGAUCCUGAUGUCAUCAUCAUGUGUUAUUUCUGCCUUUAUUCCAUUGUUCUGGUCCAAACAGCCUGUGGGCAAAGCACACAAGGAUUACAUUCUCUUCUUCCUCUUCCCUCUGUUAUGUGCAUCAUUGUCCUUCAUGUAUUCAUUAAGAUAACAAAGGGUUAAUACUUGAAUAAAACUGUACCAUAUUGUACAAUAAAAAUGUGUCAAGAUGUAAA